GUCAGAGAGAAGGAGAAUCACGACGAAGAUGGUCUCGAUACGCGGAGUUCCCCUCAUGGAUAGCCUCUGUUGGUACUGAUUCGAGUGUUUCUCCCGGAUAACUCUGCUUCGAGGAGUUACUUCGUAUUCGGAAUGAUGCUAUGAAGACCACCAGAGAUGACUGAUGUGGAACCUGUUGUCUCUGACUUUGCAGCCACGGGCAGGACUGGCCGGAGGAAUGCAUUGCCAGACAUUCUAGGUUCCACGGCUGGUCCUGGAGCCGCCGACCUACCUGAUAAACUAGCCGAACUCACAGUAGGAGAUGAUGGUGAACAGGGUGGAGAGAGCUCAUCCUCGACCGACCCGCCCAAAGAAUCCACAGAGGGGACAAAGACAGAGGGUUCAUAAGUCGACAGCAAGUCCUGCAGUGAUCUGACCUCACGAUCUGCCUCUACUUUUGUCCCAUUGACCAAACAACUGUUACACUCUGUGCUAUGCAACAUCAAGACCACCGAGGAUUGGCAUUCAGACAUGGCCCAGCAGGAAAAACAGCUCAUUCCCACAACAGGAGUCCACCCGAAGUUGCGUUUUUUCCCCCUAAAUAGUAACGAUUGUUCAUUUCGUAUUGUACCUUUACGACUUCUUUCCAAAGACUCGCCAUCAUGAUUUUCCGAACAACCCAGCUGUUUUGUGUGUCUUAUGAAAUCAGAUGUGACCUGCUCUCCCAUUUUAAAAGAACUUUCAUUUCAUUUGUUUUUAAGACUGCCCCUUAUUGCCCCUUAUUUUCUCUGAAUGUUGACAUGUAGUGGCGAAAAAAAGUCUCUUUUUGCACAAAAAACAAACAAACAAACACAGUAAGUACAUUCCAUUUGGUGGCGUUUUUUAAUCUUACGAUAUAUCCGUCUGUCCUUGUACAACAACACUACAUCCUCUGUGUUUUGUAUUGUAAAGAGAUGCAUUGUUAACAUUCUAGAGGAAAAGAUAACAGUGCUGAAUUACAUGAAAUAUGAUAUUUUCUUCUUGUAAAUAUUACAGAAUUGUACAUUAUAUUUGCUAGUAUGUUUAAAAAGCCUUUCGUUGUGUGCGUAAACGCUGUUGAUGUUGCCCUGUGUGAGCUGAAAGUGGAUUGUUAGUUGUCGGAUGCAUCGCCGCAAAACACCUUGUGGUCAUUCGGAUAUGGUUUUUAAAGUGAUAGUCUCAGAUAUUUCUUUGCUGUUGUUGGUGGCAGUGAAAAAAUAUGUUUGUGGAGACGUGUUCCUCUUUCAUUCCUCUUUUUUUUAUCUUGCUUUCAUUAAAGAAAUACAUUUAAUUUAA